CCAGCAGCGUUUCUGUCACAAUGGGUAUUGACAUUGAGAGACACCACGUCAGAAAGUCUCAACGCAGCAAGCCUGCCUCUGAGAACGUCUACUUGAAGCUUUUGGUCAAGUUGUACCGCUUCUUGGCCCGUCGUACUGACUCUCGCUUCAACAAGACUAUCUUAAAGCGUCUUUUCCAAUCCAAGACUAACCGUCCUCCUAUCUCUAUCUCCAAGAUUGCUGCUUUGACCAGUCGCAAGGCUUCCAACCUUGAGGGUAAGACCGUCGUAACUGUUGGUACCGUUACAGAUGACGAGCGUUUGUUGACUGUCCCCAAGCUCUCUGUUGCUGCUCUUCGCUUCACCAAGUCUGCCCGUGCUCGUAUCUUGAAGGCUGGCGGUGAAGUCAUGACUCUUGACCAACUCGCCCUCCGUGCCCCUACUGGCAGUAACACCGUCCUUCUCCGUGGUAGAAAGCACGCUCGUGAGGCCUUCCGUCACUUUGGUUUCGGUCCCCACAAGCACAAAGCUCCCCAUGUCCGUUCUGAGGGACGCAAGUUCGAAAGAGCUCGUGGUCGCAGAAAGUCUCGUGCCUUCAAGGUAUAAAAUGCUUUCUUCGACUUUUUAUCCUUUUCCCUUUGUGUACUUUCCUACUUGUUUCUUCUUUGGGUUGCUUGCCUGGUUUUUACAUCAUCUUGUGUGUCUAAUUCCACUCGACAUUCGUAGAUAAAAUUCCUGCUGCUGUGUCUACGCUGAUAUAUAUCACUACUUUCUCUCAAGCAUGUAGAUAGAUAGUUGUAGGAGUUUCAGUAUGAAUGCAAUUUUUGAGUUUGAUGCAUCGUCGGCGAGGUCGCACACCUUCUGUAUUUUGCUAUUCUUGCGUUUUCUGCCACCCUGUACACGACAAAGGAGAAUACCUACAACAUCAUAGCAUACAGUUCAAAUUUAUCUCUUAUAAUCCCCAAGUCAAUUGAUUUCUAUAGAACAUUUUCGUUUAUUUACCAUCCAAUAGCGC